CAGCGCUACUUCAGUUUGCCUCUGCUCUGCUCUGCGCCUCCCGAUCUUUCUCUUCAUUUCUUCUUAUCCUCGUUGGAUUCAAUCUCUUCUUUGCUUUCGCGAGCAGCGCGCGCGAGAGAGAGAGACAGAGAGAGAGAGGGAGAGAUUCUUUGUCAUAUAUGUUCAACGUGUUUCUCUCUCAACAUCUCUGAGGUUGGAGAGAGAAGUUCGAGCGGGGCUGGAGUUCAAGAUGGACGGCGAUUUUCUGGGCUUGGGUCUGAAGACGGAUUGGCUUCCUCCCCAGAAAGGAGACGAGAAUCCUGAGCUAAACGGACCCGGAAUGCAGUGGUCGUUUUCGAACGAGCGCUCUGCUCCUUUUCAGCUGCUUUCUUUCAAGGCCUCGUCGGAUGACGGGCUGGGGAAAAGCGCCGGCGAUUCGUUAGCGUCAUCUCGAUCUAUGACCACAUCUAGGUUGGAUGUCGAGACGAAUAGGUUCGGCGACAAACAAGCAGGAAGCUACUAUGUGACGACGGCUUACCCUCAGCGGCACUUGAAUGCGCAGGCGAUCUCCCGGCCUCAAGAAGCGAGGACUUUCCCUUCCCCGAAGCACCUCAGUCAAGUGGCCACAAAUACUCCGGUCCUUCAGUCCCAUGUGGCGGCAUCCACAGAGCAAAACGUGAUUUGCUCCUCUGUAAAACCGCCAUCUCUCGGGGGAUUUACGUUUGUCCCUCCUGCAUCAGUUCCUCUGACUUCGACUUCUCUUGUUGGCUUCACGGAUUCUAGGAAUGCUACGAGAUCCCCUGCAGCACCAGCCCAGUUGACCAUCUUCUUCGGCGGUUCGGUUUAUGUGUACGAUGAUGUAUCUCCAGAAAAGGCUCGGGCGAUCAUGUUGCUGGCUGGAAACGGUUCUUCUGCAACUGGGUCUAAGACCGUUCCAUUGACUCAAAUUCAAGCGCCGAUUGCACCGAUCACCAGACCUGGGCCUGUUGAUGAUUUCAAUGGGAGCGGAAGAUCGUCGAUGCUCUCGUUUUCUGCAGUUCCGAGCAAUGUGGAUCAGAGGAGAGUAAAAACACUGGGAGCCUAUGAUACGCCCAUCAGACGACCUGAGACUCCAAGAGCAAUAACUUCUCUUGCACCCGCUAGACCAACUAUUUUUCCGGCCGUUGCUCUACCUCAGGCUCGGAAGGCAUCCUUGGCUCGAUUUCUAGAGAAGCGCAAAGAAAGGGCGAUGAGCACGUCGCCUUAUGCCCCGGGCAAGAGAUCUCCAGAUCGUACCGACUCAGCUUCGGACAGCUUUAGCCGCUCUACCAAUUCCACCGCUUCCUGUCAUCACAUAGACAUCAACCAGAAGCCAUAGCAACCGUUUUCGACGAUGAUUCUGGGCAUGGGAAUCCCGACUCGGGUUUUUAAACGCGAGCCAGCCAAUGCCAUCAUCAGCAAUUCCUUCUCUUUUUAGGUCCAAGAUGGAUCUUUUCAGCCAUGACUCUUGGUUGAAAGUCACUAGUCGUAUGCCUUUCAGUCCUAUGUUUUUAUUACCCUCCUUAUCUGCUGUCUUUCUCGAUCCGAUUUGUUGAAAACCAUGCGAUUUCAUCGUGCCCUUCCUAUGUUGCUGUGUAAUGGUUAAAGUUUUGUUCCGGCUCGAGCCUAGCGUAAACAUAAUUCAAGGAAUUUCCUCA